GUUCGUCAUAUGUAGCUUCAUUUCUUCGGGGCGGUAGUGCUAGGAGUAGUGUUGCUGCGCUCAGCGUCUUUGUAUCCCGUCCUGGGUGUGUGCGUGUGUUUCGGUGGCGUGGCGUGUGGUUAUACUGGAUGCUUGUGGUUUGGUGCUUUAUAUAUAAAGCAGGGCGAAAGCUUCUUUUCGGCAAAGAGUGGCCAGAUCAAGGAGAAGACACAAGCUUGGAUCUGCUUCUGCAGAGCAGUAUAUCGGGGGACAAGUUCAUCGUCCCAUUCGAAGACGAGACUGAGUGUGUUGAUCUAUUUGAGGAAUUAAAAGAGAUGGGGAAUGUGGUGCAUGAAUUGACGCUGAAAGCUGUUUUUUAUGCACAAGAAGAGGUGACACAUGAGAUCAUAUCGGCCAUGAAGAAAGUUGAUGCACUUGGAUUCGGCAAUAGCCUGGUGUGCCUAGAUGCACAUCCAACAGAGACAUGGAUCUUAACAUGCAAGUUUUUUGGAGAUGUUCACAUGUGGGAUCUUGUCUCUCAGGCAUGUUCUGUUGGGCUAUCAGCGACAGUUAAAUUCCUUAAAUUUAUCGCACGGAAGCAAUGGUUUCUGGCUGGUGCAGACGAUGGCUUCAUCCAUGUGUGCACCUACGGAACAGAGAUAGUACAACAGAUCAUGAGUUUCAGAGCCGGUUCUUCCAGUGUCACAGCAAUGACCAUCCAUCCAACCCAGCCAUAUGUGCUGUCCUCAGCUUAUGGAAGCCCGAUUAGGCUUUGGAACUGGGAAGAGGGCUGGCAGUGCACACGAACUUUCGACGAUGAACACUCUGGAACUGUCCGUCAGAUCACCUUCAACCCAAAUGAUGCCAACUAUUUUGCUAGUGCGUCCGAAGAUCAGACAAUAAAGGUUUGGAGCCUCGACUCUCCCAAAUGUAACUACACUCUGUUUGGGCAUUUGGCCCCAGUGAACUGCCUCGAUUUCUUCGCACAUGGUGAGCAACAGUAUCUGAUUUCUGGCUCAGAUGAUUUGACUGCCAGGGUAUGGGACUUGGCGAAACGGUCGUGUGUCUAUACAAUAAGCGCUCUCAUGGCUCCAGUUCUUUCUGUUAUAUGUCUUCUUCCUGAUCGUCCAUAUCUAAUUAUAGGUCUAAAAGAUGGCACUCUUCAUCUUUUCAGCUCUGCUGAUUUUAGGCUUGAGAAAAUCAUUGACUUCGGCUGUAGCAAAGUUUGCAAUCUCAUUCUGAUGGGAUCAGUAAGGGUUGUGAUUGAACAAGAGGGGGCAGUGUCAAUCAUAGAUAUAGACCCUGAAAAACAAGGUGGUGUUAUCAGUGAAGUGAUGGCUAACGUGGUCGAUGCGAUGGAUGAACAGCAGAAAAUAAGGAUCUGA